UAACUCCCUUUCCCGUCAGCAGGUGGCGUAAUGGGCCUGUAUAAAAAAGGCCUCAUCAGAACGGCUCUGGAGCGGUGACACGUCUACUGAACGAUGGUGGGGUUCACGCACCACCGCGCCCACCCCAACUCCGUGGGCGUGGAUACGGGCAUCGAGUUGGAGCCGUUGGUCGAGGAACACCCGCCUGUUUCGCCACAUCGUCGGCGACAUGUUCAGAAUGUCGCAGAUAAGCCAUCAGAGCGCUGGGCUCUGCCUCAUAUCGGAUUGUUUAUGGCAGUGCUGUCGUCUCUCUUUUUCUCACUCUGCUCUCUAAUAGUCAAGGUAUUAGCGGACGUAAGUCCAAUGGAACUAGCAGUAUUCCGAUUCGUGGGUAUUCUCUUGCCAACGUUACCUCUCCUCAUCCGACGUGGUGACCCUCCGUUUCCCAAGGGACGUCGCUUGAUGCUGAUGCUUCGAGGUCUUGUGGGAGCCACCUCCCUGAUGCUCCAGUUCUAUGCUUUUCGGCACAUGCCCCUAGCCGACGCUUCUGUGAUCGUUUUUAGUGUGCCUGUGUUCGUGGCCGUGUUUGCAAAAGUGUUUUUAGGAGAACCUUGUGGACUCUUCCACGGAGUUGUGAUCUUGUUAACUGUAGCCGGGGUGGUCCUCAUCGCCCGCCCUCCUUUCAUAUUCGGAUCCCUUUCAGACGCCUACACAACCGAGAACUGGUGGGGAGCAGCAGCGGCCAUCUUUGGGACGGUCGUUGCGGCUAACGUCUACGUCAUCCUGCGAGUACUGAAGGGACUCCACUUCUCAGUCAUCAUGACCAACUUUGCCGUCGUGGCCCUCUUCCUGACGCCCAUCGUCUCCUGGAUGAGCGGGGAUAUGUGCGUCCCACGGUGCGGGAAUGAGCGUUACCUCAUCUUAGCCAUUGGAGCCUUCAGCUUUGGCGGUCAGAUCCUGCUGACGAAGGCUCUCCAGCUCGAGCAAGCAGGGCCUGUCUCCAUUGCCCGGACAGCCGACGUCGUCUUCGCCUUCAUUUGGCAGGCCAUUUUCUUCAACGAGCUUCCGGAUAUGCUGAGUCUAGUGGGGGCUCUCUUAGUGACGUCGUGCGUCUUUCUGACAGGGCUUCGAAAGUGGGUAGUUUCAUUGCCUGAGACCUCGUCUACUCGGCAGCGGCUCCGUUGCCUCAUCUGCUGACCUUACGGCUUCUCUGCUUCAGUUGGGUUUUCUAGUGUGCUUCAUGAGUCUCCUUCUCCAAAAAGCUUCACUUGAAAUAGUUCACAAAGUAAUUCAGGCAUCGUCCAGAACAUUGUUCCCCUCUUGAGGGAAGUAAGAUGUGGUCAACAUAUUUCAUAUGCAUAUCCUGUGGCACAGUUCCGCUCAAUAAUGUGUUUGCAAUAAACCUCACAAUUCUGAUACUCAUGAACUUUCACAAAAUGUAACAUUAACCAUUAGUAAAACAUUCCAUGACAGUCAACUUUCACAAAAGAAAUGCUAUUUAUUCAUGAGGCACAACUUUUCUAUGCAAACUGUAAAUUGCAUUUGCUAUCUCCACUUCUGUUUAGUCCUUGCUGUCCAUAUUCUUCUUAGCAAUACAUUCUGUUUGGAAUUUGUAAGACCUUGAAAGCUUAGAUGCCUUUAAAUCAUUUCAAUUGCCAAGCUUACUGCAAGUGUAUUCUGCAGUAAUCUUACAUAAACCCUCAUCACCCUAGUGUAAAUAUAACCCAUUCUAGUCAUCUCUUUCUAGCCUAUGAAGUACCCAUCUCUGUCUUUAGUGAAUUGGUCAUUACAAAUACGAUUAUAUUUCAUCUGACAUUCUUUAUAAUGGAUCCAUGUUUUUCAUCAAGACUUCCCAUAGCCGUUUAGAAGUUCCUCUCUCACCGUUUCCCACAGUUCAUAUCGCCAUUUGUUUUUCACAAUCAUUCACUCCAAAAUGGACCUGUCAUUUUGUGGCGUCUGAGAAGAGCAACUGGACUCAAAAAACCAACAGAGCCUAAAGUCGAGCGAAAUGACUGAAUGCAAAUCCAUUCUCUUUCGGAUGAGAAAGGUCAGCCAUAAUGGAUCUGAAUUCUUCUGUUUUCCUCUCUUGAUGCUAGAUGCUGGUUCUUCAGUCAGACAAGACUUACUGAGAAACGAAGGUUGGAAAUUUCCUGUGGUCACCACCUGAGGGGAUUUUAGAUACUGGCAGGACUUCAUGAUUCAAAGUGCUAGUAGGUAACCCUAUGAAUGUAAUUUGGAGUCAUUAUAGUUUAAAUCGAAAAGAAAUAGUCUCGAAUUGAUCAUGAAGUUCUAAAGGCUACAAGGGCAAACGAGUUUAAAGAAAAAGCUUGCUGCUCCUCACCAGCUACAAAACGUCAUUCUGCACAAAUAUCUCAUGAACAGAAAGUUGUUCCUCGAUGAUGAUCUUCUGGAAAAGAAAAUGCAGGGCUUCAGGGCUAAGGCGUAACUUUUGUAGAAGCCUAAAGGGAGGGGUAUUCUAACAGGUGAACAGUAUUAUAUGAACAGUGCUUCAGUAUUGAUGUAAUCGUGAGAAGUGUAAGUAUUAAGCGAAACUUUCCAUUGAUUUAAACAGCAUUCUGGCUCUAAGUAUGUCAGCAAACCUGUGAAAUGGUCACCGUUAGUUGUGUCUGAGUGUAAUCUUCUGUAUACUAUGUGUCUAUGUUAUUUUUUUUCAGAAGAACAUUUAGGUGGUAUUCAGAAAUUGAAAAAAGUUUUAGAACUACAACAGAACGUCAUAUCAACCUGCGUGGGGUCAUUAAUUGAAGUAAGUUUGUAGGAAAAGUAUUGCUUGCUACAGAUAUUUCUAUGGUAUUUUGUAGAUCAGUUAUGGAGUACUACGCAAAGUUGUUGAGAUCUUAAAAAGUUGACAUUUAUUUUGUUAUAGUAAUUUAGUGAAGAUCUUUAAGACACACGAAGAUGAAAAUUCAGCCGUCAUUAUAAAAAAUGAAAAAAAAAAUUGAUUUAUUGAUAUUUUGUGGCGUUGCAACUUAGUUUUACCAAACCUUUUCACGAUUUUUUUUUUCUUUAAAGGGGGGAGCUGUAACUGAAAAUUUUAUUGUUGUCUAAUAGAUAGGUUUACCUAGGCGUUGAAACCCUGAAUAUUUUAGAUAGAAUGUAGAUAACUGUAAAUUAAAGAUUUUUGGUAAAAAUGAUAACAUACCUCCAAUUAAAUGCUCAAUAAUCUGCAGUAAUGCAUUUAAUGUCAUGAAAUUGACUUUAAUUCACACACACGUACACACACACACAUUUUUUUGCGUGGAAAGAACGUGUUAAGUAAAUAAAAAUUUAAGUUUCAUAGGGCUGAAUACAUCUGACCAAAUUCUUUGUGAAUUAGAUGAUAAUUGAUUUUUCUGUUACAGAAAUCUGACGUUGAUCAGAGAUACUUCGGAUUGUUCCUGAAAGUUCCUGAUAUAAUGAUACUAUUCCUGUUGUUUUAUAUAUUCUGAGUCUUAUUUCUUGAGGGUAUAAUGGAAUACAAUUCAAAGAGAGAGAAUAUAAAGUAAAUGGGCUCAGUUUUCACAAUUACGUGUUUUACUCAGAGCCAUUAAAAAAAAUCCCUGGUGAAACAAGAAUAAAAAUAAAGAGGAAAUAAAUACUGUUAUUCAACAACUGAUAAUACUCAAAGAAAAUAAAAAAAGGGCAUACUAUGAAGCACUUUCCUACGGAAUGGUCUGAAGACGUUUUGAUAAUGUAGAAAAACAGACUAGAGAUUCUUUUAAGAAAAUAACCUGCUGUUGUGUCUGUGAUAUUACUAUGGAAGUCUGCCUUGAAAAUGAUAAGAAAUGUCUUUAUAAUGUGCAUUUAUACCAUAUCAGUGAUUUCUAAGUAUCUCGUGUCCAUAGACAUUUUGAACUUGGAGAUGCUGACAGAGAAGUUAAAGUGAUUUGUCUCAAUGUGCACGUAUAAAUUUUGAAAAGAAAUUGGGAUGAAAGGAUUUGGAGUAGAGUCAACUAUACUAAAUAAUGUUUGGGUUUGGUGUCUAUUCUUAUAUUACUACUUUAGUAAACGAUUGCCGUAUAAUGAUCAGUUUUAUGAAGAAUAGUGAAUAAUGAAAGCGAGAGUAUUUACGAGUUCUAAAAAAUUAAGGGCUCUACGUUGUCAAGAAGUGAUGUGGUUAAAUAUUUCUUUUCGAUAAAUACUGUAAGAACAUUCACAUAUGUUUACAAUUGACAGUUAUUAAAAGUUCCUACUUUAAUGUGCGGCAAUUCGAACUUUCGAGUUUCAUGAAAUUUUUCAAAGUUCCCGUAAAUGAUUCACUAUAAGAUAUGUUUCUUAAAAAUUGGUUAAUUCUUAAGCUAGGUAUCUUAAUAUAAGAUAUUUCCCGUGUUUACCAACUUGAAUUUCAAUGUAUCUUAAUUCUUAUUCAAAUGAUUUCUUAUGUGUUUCCAUGUAAGAUAUAUUCAUUAUGAUCUUUGAUCGAAGGGUUAAUUUUACACCUACGUUCCGGCUCAAGAUCAUAAUUUACCAGUCUUUCAUAAUUACUCAUCAGGACUCAGAUCCAGUGCCCAUGAAAGCUUUCAAAUCUGAAUUAGAUAUUCCGAUUAAUACUUAUAAAAUUGUAUGGUUAUCAUUUCAAUUUAAACUCAGAAAAAUUUAAGUUGAUUACCUAUACUCAAGACUGAAUUCAGUUCCUGAGAAGUCUGAAGUCCUGAAUUAUCGUCCAAGUCCAUAUGAUGGGGGUAAUGAAUUAAAGGGAAAUUAAUUUUGAAUAUUUUUUAUCAUUACAAGACACUUCAUCAUUUUUAUAGCAUCAUACAUUAGUGUUUAAUUGUAUAAUUCAUUGAGUUUAUCACUAAGCAGAAAAUGAGCCUGGAAUUAAAAGUCAGGAAGUAGUUAUAAGCGGCCAGGAAAGGUUUGAAAAAUCUAUACAAAAAUCUUCUAAAUGAAUUUAUAAUGUAGUAAUUUAACAUCUAUUAAAAAGCAAUAGAGAACUGGAAUUAUUUUGGGAAUUUUAUGGAGGCGAAGGCGAUAAUAUCCAUAAGAAAAGAAGUAUAUUUCACUUUAAUACCUUUUAUUGAAGAUGGUGCAAGCUUAAACAGUAAAGAAAUUUCUCGUGAAAAAGUUGAUAACUCACAAAUUACUAUUUUUUUUUUUUUUUUUUUUUUUACUGGUGAGGAAACUAAAUGAAGACAAUAAAGUCAUUUGCUCGUGGCAUUUGGUGUAGAAUAAAGCUGGGAAGUCUCUAUUCUGGAAUGUCACGUGAACUAUGGCUUCUCGAACAAGGAACAGGUAUUUUGGGGGUGUUCCCUUGACAAGUAAACAAGAUACUUACACAAACCAUAUCAUAAUUCAAUUUAAGCACAACUGCAAGUGAGGGGGUGUAUGGUUGUGAAUUGAUUACUAGCCGUGGUCUUACCCUCCAAUGUUUUGAAAAAAAAAAAAAAAAACUUAGUAUUGUAAAAAAUCAUACCCAGUCUACUGGAGUCUUUGGUUUAGAUAUUAUAGGGGAUAGCGUAGGUGGUAGUUUGUUACAUUGUGACUGUGAAGAGUGACUGUAUUAAUGGCACCUGUUAUGAGUUAUCAACCAAUCAGAAAGGUUUUUAUGAAAUUUGAGCUCUUUUUCUACUAGUGGUCCUGUAGUCUGACACGGGCCAUUAUGAGGACAAUUAGGAUAUAUAUAUAUAUAUAUAUAUAUAUAUAUAU